CAUGACAAACGACAACACUUCCAUUAUUAAAUCCUCUCAAUAUUGUCAUUCUUUUACCUUUUAUUCACCCCGGGAGAUUCUAAGCCCUCAAAAUGGCCAAUGCAACAAGGAAAGAGCUCCUGGGGAAGGUAUACAAGAUGAUACCACCGAUGCUUGAAAGCUUCCACAAAGGUCAAUUGGGCCGAGUAGCCGUCAUCGGCGGCAGCGAAGACUACACAGGUGCACCCUACUUCUCCGCAAUGGCGUCUGCGAAGCUCGGUUGCGACAUGUCCCACGUAAUAUGCGAACCGGGCGCCGGGGCUGUAAUAAAAACCUACUCUCCCAAUCUUAUGGUACAUCCCUACAUGCGGCAAUCCAAAAACCUCUCAUCCACCGAAUCCCUCGACACUGUGUCCUCCGAAGUCAUUGGCAUGCUCUCGCGCCUCCAUGUUAUCGUCAUCGGCCCGGGCCUAGGGCGCGACAAACUCAUGCAGGACACGUGCGCGCGGGUAAUCCAGGAAGCACGGAAACGAGGCAUACCGUUUGUGCUGGAUGCGGAUGGAUUAUACCUGGCGCAGACGAGACCAGAGUUGGUGGAAGGAUGCACAGAAUGUAUAUUGACCCCGAAUGUGGUGGAGUUUGGGAGGUUGGCGAAGGCGAAGGGUGUUAAUAUUGACGAGGGGAAGCCGGAGGAGUUAUGUUCGAAGCUUGCGAGUGCCUUUGGUGGUGUGACAAUUGUCCAAAAGGGUGCGAAGGAUUACAUUUCCAACGGGAAGUUUACGCUAGUUUCGGACGGCGAGGGCGGGUUGAAGAGAUCUGGAGGACAAGGCGAUACGCUAACGGGCAGCCUGGCAACGUUGUUAGCAUAUCGGAAGGCAUACCAUGAUAAGACAUGGGAGCAUGAGGGCGACCUAGAGCCUGCGGAGACGUUGGCAUUGGCCGCGUUUGGAGGGUCUGCAAUUACGAGGGAAUGCUCACGAUUGGCGUUCAAAGAGAAAGGAAGGAGUUUACAGGCCAGUGACUUGACGGAGCAUGUGCAUCAAUCAUUCCUAAACAUUCUUGGUGAGAAGGAGAGUAAGCUAUAGGGAGUUUUGGAGGAAUGCAAUGGCCUUGCAUGUACAAUAUACGGAAAGCACCGACACGGGUUCAUGAGGGUUCAUGAAGAAGGCGUGUGGCUUUGAGCACUUUCACAAGUUU